AUGCCCAGGCCUAACAGUGAUAAGGUUUCAGAGCUUCUGGAGGUGUCUACUCACCAAAUCAACCUGCUUACCUCACCUACUUUCUUACCAAAGGUGAAGGAUCAAGGGAAGUUCACUCUCCCUUGCACACUUGGGCAUAUUGAGCUUGACAAUGCCUUGGUGGAUUCUGGUGCAAGCAUCAACCUGCUCUCCCUCACAAUGGCAGAGAAGCUUGGCAUUGCUGGAGCAUUGCAGCGCCCUACUACCUCAAUCAUGUUUGGAGAUGCAACUUCCAAGUCUCCUCUUGGUGUGUUCAAGAACUAUCACUUGAAAAUAGGAGAAUGCAUCAUCCAAACUGACCUUACUGUCAUGGAGAUGGAAGAAGAAAGGGAUCUACCUCUGCUAUUGGGAACCCCAUUCCUUAGCACACCUAGAGGUCCAGACUUUUGCGUCACUAUUGAAAGCACUACUCCCAGUUCCAAAGCUCCUGAAGUUGCAAAGGUUGUGAAGGAAAAGGUUGACAAAGAGUCAAGAGUUGUGAGAGAUAAGGUUGAGAAAGAUAAGGUGGAGAAAGAUCAAACAGUUGAUAAAGGACCAAGGAUUGAGAAACCACGCCUUGAGAGGCCAAGAGUUGAGAGACCAUGA